AUGACGUCAUAAACAAAAUGGCUGCGCCCUAAAUGUCGGAGAAAUCGUUUGCUCAACUUAAAAUUGUGAUAAAUACCUGUAUUAUUCCUACUCUUUGGCGGUCGUUAGCGUUAUUCUUUCAAUAGGAUACGUGCACUACUAUAUAAAAUGAGUUUACUUCGAAUUUGCGGCGCAUUAUGUCAACUCCGGCCGAUUGCUACCCAGCGAAGGAACGCGCUGCUGUGGUCAAGGUUUCCCGUGAGCGGCCUGUCAAUUCGUCUUGCCCAUAUGAGUUUUGCCGGACCGGGGCGACGUAUUUUCGCACACCGCUUCUGCACUUCCACUCAGCCGUCCAGAGACGUCACGCUGUUCCACCACGACAGGACAAGCUUCUUCCGCCUUCUGUCGGUCUUCUGCGGGGGCCAGUGUGUUUUCUGGACUUACCUAGCGCACUUUGCCUACACCGGGCUCAGAGACACGGGGACCACUGCCCAGGAGGAGAAACGAAAAGCUCCCACCAGCCCCGCCUUGGCUGGUAUGUGGAGUUUUGAAAUGAACCUGGGCUCCAGCACCUGGAGGUACGGCUUCACGCUGGGAUGCGCGACAAUAGGAGCUGGCAUACUGGGACUGGGAAUCCUGUUUUGUCGGCGUUCUGUCUGUCAGGUGGUUUUACACCAAGGUGGAAGGAUGGUAUCUGUUACCACGCAGUCACCGCUAGGAAUGGGCCGAGGCUGGAGAAUAACAGCCCCGUUGUCCCAGGUCGCCUGUCACGCCCACAGACACGAGUCCCCCUCAUUCAUUCCCCUCAAAAUCAAGGGACAAAAGUUCUACUUUCUACUGGAUAAAGAAGGCACUAUUAACAAUACUGAACUUUUUGAUGUAACUGUGGGGGCAUACCGUCCUCUAUAAAAUGACUUCUAGAUAUGCAAGUGCCAAGAGUUGUAAAAAAAAUCUUACUCAAUGUGUGAACAUUAACAAUAAAUGCAAUUUAAUGUUUUUCCACCACUAGUCGAUAUGGAUUUUCUUUGAUGUCAGUGUACGAUGUUGCCUCCAACGCAUUUUGUUAAUUAAAAAUC